UUGUAAAAAUGGCAACAUAAAUAAAUAUCCACGUUAUUCUCAUUGCAUAUGAGAGAGGAAGACAGAGAGUGUGUCGGUGAUUCUGUGAUUGCAAUCCACUGACCAUUUUCUCGUGGACGAAUGUCGAAUCUAAGAAAAAGAUGCGCUCUGUUUUCAGUUGCAGUUGAUCAUUGCAUCUGAGCUCCGCACAUUCUAAUUUACGGACAAAACCUAGCUAGAUUCUUUCGACAGCAUUAAACUCGAUCGUAAGGAUGAGCCAACUACCACAUUCUGCAGGAAGUUCAGAAUCGCCAUCGAAGACAGAGUUAUUGGAUGCUCCUCUUCACACAAUUGGCUUUAAAGUCGACAAACUUUCGCCUGAGAAAGUUUCUGGACACCUACUGAUCACUACCGAGUGCUGUCAGCCGUUCAAUAAGCUCCAUGGAGGUGUGUCGGCACUGAUAGCUGAGGCUUUAGCGAGCAUGGGAGCUUACGUUGCUUCUGGGUAUAAAAGGAUAGCCGGUAUACACCUCAGCAUUCAUCAUCUGAAAAGCGCACAGGCCGGCGACUACAUUUACGCCGAGGCUACACCAGCCACUCGUAGCAAGUCCGUACAGGUGUGGGAUGUCCGGAUCUGGAAGCUCGACCCAUCCACGUCUGAGAAGCAAGAAAUGAUCUCGUCGGGAAGACUCACUGCCGUCUCUAACUUGCCCACCCCCGAAUCCGCCAAGGGCGUCGCUCAAAUCUACCAAAAGUAUUCCAAAUUAUAGCAUGUUUCGACUCUCCUAUACUCUCGAAUAUACAGUUUAUUGUUAGUACCGUUAUAAAUGGAUCGAACUACUUGUUUUCAACUUCGCCAAAAUAAUAUUUUAUCUCUAUGUUGUUUUA